AAAAUACUUUAUUGACCGAACAAUAAAGAAGAGGAGAAAUUUAUUUAAGAAAUAAAUAAUCUAUGCAUUCUAAAUUAUCAAAAAAAAUUUUAAACCGAUGUAGAAUUCAAAACAUUUAUCUGUGGCUUUUAAUAAUGUUUAGAAAUUGCCUGAAAAACAUACAUUUUGGAAAAUGAUUUAAUAGUAACCCAAACAUUGGACAAAAAGUUCAUCUCGAGUACUAUUUAUUAAAGUGUUAAAUCAAUAAUCCCUUUACAAUGAAUAAGACUUGUUCAAUUUGUGGUGGAAAUGGAGUUUACAAGUGUCCUAUAUGUUUAAUAUUUUAUUGCUCCGUAAAGUGCUGCAAAAAACAUCGCGAAGAUAAAUGUGAGGUUAUACAGCGCGAAGAAAAACCCAUUGAAAAAUCAAACGAAAAACCAGAAAAAAGCAAAGAAGAAAUUUCUGCUGAACGAUUGGAAUUACUUAAAAAUAGUGAUGAAGUUAAACAGCUACUUACAAAUAAACACCUACAAGAUCUGCUGAUAACUAUUGAUCAAGCAGAAAAUGCUGAAGAGAUUAUGCAGAAGGCAAUGUUAGAACCAAUUUUUGUGGAAUUUGCAGAUGCUUGUUUAAAAGCUGUGGAACCUCAGACUUUGGACUAAAAACAAUUUACAAAAUAUUUUUCUUCCAAUAAUUUGUCUAGUUUAAAGGUUAUGUGUUUUAUUGCAUAAACCUUCAUAGUUAGACCGUCACCAAAAGUUUAUUGGUAUAUGUGUAAGGCAUAAAUUUCAGUGACUGGAAUUAA